GCAGGCUGUAUGUACCGAGUAGUUCAGACGACGGGACCAGAUGGAAAAAAUCUUCUGAAAUUACUUCCAAUUUUUAAAUCUUCUGGAACCUUUGUGCCAAUAGUUCCGUCUUCAGCCAUGCCAAAUAAUUCUAAAGCGAGUAUUUCUAGUCCAGUCCAUCUUACUUUUAAGACACAGCUUGCCAGUACUACUGCAUCUUCAUCUGUUAAGAUACCUGUUUUUCAGUCUCCUGAUCCUGGAAAGAUUAUUCUUACAAGGACAUUAGACAAACAGGAAAGUGUUAGGGCAGGUUCUGAAAAAGAAAGCUUAAUUCCAAAAUCAACUGCUAACAUCCAGAACAGUUGUGUUUCAGUUGAUAGACUGUCUUUGCAGAACAUUGCUGUAACAAGUUCAUCUAACCAGAGUAACACUGCAUACAUGUUGGUAAACACAAAAAGUCUUCCAGUUACUGUGAAGUCUCCAGUACUGCCCUCUGGCCACCACCUCCAGAUACCAGCUGAUGCAGAAGUGAAAUCUGUCCCAGCUUCUUUUUUACCACCUGCCAUACAGCAAAAAAUACUUGCGGCUACAGCAACAAAUGUGUCUGGAGGAGCUGACAGUACAAAAAUGCCAACUGUUAUUUACGUGUCACCAGUGAACACAGUGAAAACGGUAAUUCCCAAGCGUUUGCAAGCCAUUUGCCCAAAACCUGCGACAGAAGUUUCAAAAACAUUAAUAAUGACAGCUACACAAAAGGGAAGUAGUUCUUCUCCUGAGACAGUAACAUCUGAUGGUCAGCAGCGCCAGCAAACUCCAAUGAAAUGGAUUGUGCAAGAAAGUCCACAGUCAUCAGCGCCUUGCCUUAUUCCUGUAAAGUCAUCAAAUAAUAUGGCUUCCAAGAUCUUGAAAACUUUGUCAGACAUGAAGAAUGUAGAAGUUAACUCUGCAAAUAUUUUACCACUCUGUUCUAGUGGUCCUGGUGGAAGCCAAACAAAAAUUACGUCUAUUAAAGAUAAUGCUCUCGUCAUGUACAAUGGGAAAGUCUAUUUGUUGACCAAAAGAGGCUCUGAUGUUCUGUCAGCCCAAGCUGACAAACAAGCAUCUUCUUCUUCUGAUGCUUCACUUAAAAAUGAAACAUCCAAGCUAAUCGAUUCUACUGCAGUCAACAAAAUAACCAAUAAAGUAGUGAAUCUGGUAUUAUCAAAAAACAAAGUAAUGGUGCUGUCUCAGAAAGAUGCAAACCCAUGUACAAACUCAAAAAAUUCUUCACCAACUGGCUUAAGAAAUGACUUACAAUCUACACCUGCAACUCUGGUGACACCAAGUGCUAAUCAGCAGAAUUCCACUGUAAACCAGAGAAAGAGUUUGCCCUUCACCGAGAGCAUUUCAAGUGGAGUGACCCUUAUUACAGCAGUAGGGACACAGGAAAAUGUAUGCCAAAAUGGCAAAGAAAAGAUUAAUUCCCCCAAAGCAGCAAGUGCUGUUUUACCUCAGUGUAAGCAAGAGUGUGCUUUCAGUGAAGACUGGCAAAAGAUCCAGUGUGAAAAGAUGGAUUCACCGGGAAAGGUUCAAAUCAAACACCAAGAGAAGCCACACUGGAAACAAUACUUGGAAUUAAGGAAAAAAUUUGGUCUCUCUAAGGAGGAGAGAGUGUACCUUAAGAGAAUACCAUUAAGGACCUCCUAUGAGAAACCAGAAGAAAGGGUUUGUUCCAGUAACAGCUUGAAACAGAAAAAUGAUUCUUGCAGUUCGUCGUCGUUAGAUGUGGAAAUAACAAAUGAACAUCAGGAAUGUGUUAAAGAGGAAAAGAUAAUUGUGGAUCUGGAAGAGGAUUUAACUAAGAAAAGAAAAAUAAAAUCCUCACCACUGUCAGACAGUGGAAAGAGAAGGAAAACUUCAGUCAAAUCCACCACAAGUCCAAGUUCAGAAAAUACCAUCUCAAGUUCCAGUGUACAUAACAGAAGUGUUUCACCUCCACCUGUCUUACUGCAGGAAAGUGUUUCCACAGACUUUGUUAUAUCGCCUAUAGGGAGGGACUCUGAGCAAGACCCAUACUCUCAAUAUAGUGACGUUACAGACUCAAGUAUUCCAGUUUUAGUGUCUUGCGAAGGUGAUACUUCAGUUCUUGAAGGUUCUUUCAGAGAUGAUGCUUUCCCUUUGACUCCCCCAGACUUGGAUGAAACAAUACGGGAUGAAAAAAUAAAACGACUUAAACAGCUCUUGAGAGAACGAGAAGCAGCGCUUGAAGAGAUGCGUAGAAAAAUGCAGCAAAGCUGA